AUGCCAGUAUACAUGCUCCACGGCUUCCGCUGGCCACGCGCAGGCUUCACUGGAAUACGAGUCUACAUCGUCCUCCACAACCUAGAAGAAGCAGCCGCAGAAUACAUCCAACAACCCCUUACAACAUCUCUCAUCGUGGAAUCUUUCAACAAAACGAACCCAGAUAUCCUGCCCCGCCUGCCCGAGCUGCAAUUUAUCGAGCAGUACGAUCCAGCCGACGAGACAAGCGGGACUGUCAGUCAAGAUUAUGCGUAUGUCGGUGCGCGCGUGCUGACGAUUCCCGACGGCGGGGAUGGAGCCACUUCGACCGGUGGACAGAAUAUCGAGGAUGUUGUCGAGCAGGGGUCUGGUCUUACGGAUGAGGAGACUGCUGCGCUGGAGACCUUGAGGGAUCGGCUUGCGCCUGGUGAGAAGAUUGGGUGGUAUUUGGUUUACAACGGGGAUCCGGAGAGGUGGUUUCCGGAGUCGGAGAGUGAAGAUGAGGAUUAUGAGGACGAGGAUGAGGAUGAUGAAGGAGAUGGGCGUGGCAACGGGAAUGGGAACGGGCAUGGGCAUGGGGAGAAUCCCACGGAGCCUUCUAGUCCGCAGAGUGUGACGGCGGUGAAGAAUGGCAAUAUGGGGUUGAGGGGAGCUUCGAUAACGGGAGCAGCGGAGAAACCACCAAAGCUUGUCGCAGCACUCUCCCCGAGUGGUUUUACGAAUGCAGACCAGGUAACACCCUGGCUUAACACCAAAAUGGUUCUCUCAUUUAUCCUGGUUCAGAAUCGCCAGGGGAAAACGCGCCUGGCGAAGUGGUAUGCCCCAUACAGUGAUGAGGAGAAAGUCAAGUUGAAAGGCGAGGUUCAUCGCCUUGUCGCCCCCCGAGACCAGAAGUAUCAGUCGAAUUUCGUCGAAUUCCGACGAAGUACAAAGGUUGUCUACCGCCGAUAUGCUGGAUUGUUCUUCUGUGUCUGUGUCGAUGCCAAUGACAAUGAACUCGCCUAUCUCGAGGCUAUCCAUUUCUUUGUCGAAGUGCUAGAUCAAUUCUUUGGCAAUGUCUGCGAGCUGGAUUUGGUGUUCAAUUUCUACAAGGUCUACGCUAUCCUGGACGAAGUCUUUCUCGCAGGCGAGAUCGAAGAAACGAGCAAGCAGGUCGUGCUUACGAGGCUGGAGCAUCUUGAUAAAUUGGAGUAG